AGAUCCCCUUCGCGGCGCGAAGAGCAGAUCAGAAGAGAGCCCGAGAAGGAAAGAGCAACUUCGGGCAGAUUUCAGCACCGCGGACAGAGGCCACGCUCUGGGAGGCAGAUCCAUGGUUAACAUGUCAAAGGACUUCCCUGAGGACUCAAGCUAUAUCUGCUCCUACGGGAUGAAGUUAACCUGGGAUAUCAAUGACCCCAAGUUACCACAGGAGCCCAAGCACUUUGAUUCCUUCCAGGAGUGGCCAGAUGGCUAUUUGCGGUUCAUCUACUCCAAUGAGGAUAAAAAUGCACAGCGUCAUCUCAGUGGGUGGGCCAUGCGCAACACCAACAACCACAACUGUCAAAUCCUCAAGAAGUCCUGCCUCGGUGUGGUGGUUUGUGCCAGAAGCUGUGCCCUGCUGGAUGGGACCAAACUGCAGCUCCGGCCUGCCAUAUGUGAUAAGGCUCGCCAAAAGCAGCAAAAAAAACAUUGUCCAAACUGCAGUUCAGCUCUUGAAUUAAUUCCUUGCCGGGGACACAGUGGCUACCCAGUAACUAACUUCUGGAGACAUGAAGGCAAGGCAAUAUUUUUCCAGGCCAAGGGAAUACAUGAUCACCCAAGACCUGAGAGUAAAUCCGAAACAGAGGCCAGAAGAAGUGCGCUUAAAAAGCAAACACCAUCUUCACACUCAUCCCAGAAAAAAAGGCUUCUAGAUUUUCAGACAGGCAUGUGUAAUGAGAACAGCAAUCACUUUCAUUACAUUCAUCAUCUGGGAUGUGAAGAAGGAUUAGAAAAAAUCGACAUAAUUACAGACACCACCUUACCACUUCUAGAUCAGCCUAACCAUUUAUUUCAAAACACAGAACCUUAUAACGUUACUUAUGAUGCAGCCAGCUUUCAAGAGGAUGUGAUAUCACCACUUCAGAAGUACCCAAGCCCCAAAAUCUAUACAUCUAAACCAACUUGUGGAUAUGAAUGUGCAUUUCCUGGUUACAUUGGUUCCAGUUUGUAUACAGCAUUUCACAAAGAUCCAGUGGCUAUUCCCAUGGACACUGACCAUAUCAUGCUCAAUGGACUUCAAUACCAAGUAAACUCAGCAAAUGUCCAUGAGAAGAACUUCAGUGGCACCCUAAAGUAUCAUGGACUGAAACAGACCUUAAGUGAAACUAACUAUGGAGAAAGGAUUGGUUAUGGAUCAAGUCAACCCAAUGUUAAUCAUCCUCAUUACAGUGAAGAACAUGCUUGUAGAUAUAGUAGUCAUUCUUCUUUGGAAGGCCCAGCUUUGCAAACUGUUAUAACUACAAGUACUAAGAUGUCCCUUGAAGGCUAUAAGCCUCCUGCAGUGAAGUAUGGUGACAAUUUAUAUGAUGCAAAGGAUCUUCUCAGCUGUUCCCUGGCAGAGAACAUUUCAAGAAAUGUCUGCCCAGACUUAAAUCUUCAGGACAAUUGGGGAAUGGACAAACCAAAUUUGAAUGGUGAGCAUUUUCUGACAACUAGUAAGGCAGAACAUGUAGCAUCAGUGAAUACAUGCCAGGAUAGUCCUAACACAGAAAAAAGUUAUACUGGAUAUGAAGGACAAACAUUCAGGCUUGAGAAUACUGAAUACUAAGCCUCAGGUGUGACAAUAUUAGAUAUUAUUUUUAUAUAUAAAACACAAUGUAUACAGAUUUUUACUAAUAGAUUGUACAAUAUUUUACUGGAAACCUGUUGACUCUGGGAUAUUUGAACAACACUGGGACUCAUGUUAUUCAUUCUAAUUAUAAUGUAACAUGAUAAUAUAAAAACCACACAGUAAUAAAGGCAUGGCAAAGUUAAA